GGGAGCCGGGCGAGCCGAGUGCCGAGGGGAGAGGGAGAGGAGGAACACGCUCUCCUCCGGUGCACACUCUCGUGGUGACUCCGACCGGCAAAGUGCUCGCGUUCGUGAAAGUCCACAGACGACUUUCAGGGUCGUCUGCUCCGCUCGUUCCGCCGAAGAGAGCCGGCUUGGCUUCGUUUCGCGAAAAAGGAGCCAGAGACCGAAAGAGAUCCUCGUACGUCGCGAAUCCGCGCCGAGAAUCCACACAUCCUGCGCCGCGAUCCCAGUCUCGAUCGUCGUCGGAUCGAUGAGACCGAGCCGAGCCGAGCUCCUCGCCCGUCGUCGUCUCGAAACGCGCGACCAGUUCCACGACCGAUCGAUGUCGCUCGCGAGGACUCGACGAUAGAUUCCUGGAUCCGGACGAUCCCCGCGCCGUGGACAUGUGGUGAUCGAGAACCGUGCGGACUUCUGUGAUCGAGAUCACCGCCUCGCCUCGCAUUGCCUCGCCUCGCUUCGCGUCGCCCGGAGAACCGUCACGGAGCCUUGAACAGUUUCCAGCGUGACGGCGGACAGUUACAGAGAGCCGGAGAGAACCAGCACCGCGGAGAACCAGCGGCAAUGUCGUCCAGGCUUCGCGGAUCCUCGGCGAUCAAGGAGGGCGCCGACGUGGCGGCGUACCCCACCCGGAGGGACCACUUCCGCGAGGAUCAGGGCCUGAAAUCGUACAAGAACGGGACGAAUCGAUACCACUUCGGCAUGACCAGGCAGAACGAAGAGACGAAAAAUGGCCGCGAUCAUAGAGACCGACUGGCCGACGACCCGGACCAGCUCUACAAAAAGAGCAGGGAGCACUUCGGCGCCUGGGACAUCAAGGACGUCGUCCAGGACGACAGGCUCGGCUCCAAGAAGCAGCCGGAUCGGUUCGAGGAGUCGCGGCUGACGAACGGGCGAUCCAGGAACGAUUUCGCCAAGCACGAGCACCGUGACGAUCGAGGUAGGACCGGGUCCGUCGAUCGCGAUCAGUCUCACAGAUCCAGAAGAAAGGACACCUGGGAGGGGUCCGACGCGAAGUCGUCCUCGAGAACGCAACGGAAAAACGAUCCCCAGGCGAUCGACGAGAGGGAUCUGCUUCUGAGGGAGAUCGAGAGCCUGGCCGUGGACGGGCGAUCGCCCGAUCGUCGGAUCAGAGCGAUGAUCGAGCGGUUCAAGUCCCGGGAAGAAGAGAAGAUGAAGUCGAAGAGGGACCGAGACUCUCUCAGCCCUGAAAACGAAGAGUACAGGUCGAAGAGCGCGAGUCGAGGCGACAACCGAGCGGAUCGCGAGGAUUGCGACAGAGAGUUUGGGAACCAGAAGGAGGACAGGCGGGAGGAUCGACGUACAGCGAGAUCUAGGAUCCGGGACGGCGACAGAAACGAGCUCGAAGAGAGCAGAAAUCGGUCCGUCGAUCGGAGGCUCGACAAAUCGAACGAGUCGAUUGGAGAGAAGACCGAGGAUUCGCGGAGAAACGAUAGUUUUCGGCAGAAGUGUGACGUGCACGGUUUAGAUAAGAGUCGUAGACGAUCCAGAGAGCUGGAGGACGAUCCGUCCCGCAGAAAGGACAGCCCCAAAAGAAGGAGCUACGCUUACGAGGGAAACCCUGAAGACUUCGACGUUCGGAUACAAAGAUACGAGCGAGCGCUUCUGGAGCCUAGGAGGGACCUAGACUCGUCCAGAAGAGCUUCCGCGAAGGACGCCGCCGGCGAUCUAGGCAGAAAAGAGUCGUUCAAAGAGCACGACCGUCAGGUGACGAGGAAAAGUUCCUUCAAGACCGGGGACGCGAAGAAAAGUCGAGAGUCGAGCCUCGGCAGGAAGCCGUCCUUAAAAGGUCAGGAGACCGACGUUCAUCGGAAGAACUCGUUCAAGGACACCGAGAAGAGCUUCCGGAAGGAUCAGGAACACGUGUCCCGAAGAGGCUCGUUCAAGGAGCAAGGGUUCGACGCCGGACGGAAGAACUCGUUCAAGGAGCAAAGCUCGGAUUACGGGAGGAUCUCCGCGAGGACCUGCGGCAACGAGGAGGAGAGAAAAGCCGCGAAAGGACACGGCGUGAGCAGGAUAACGUUCAAGGAGCAGGACGAGGGGCCGCCGAGGAUUCACUCGUACAAGGAGCAGGAGGCGGAAGCGGGCAAGAUCAGUUUCAAGCAUCGUUCCAGUGACGUAGGUCGCAAGAACUCCUUCAAAGAGAAGACCGUGGAGUUCGCGGGGAUCUCGUACAAAGAUCACGACGAGGACGUGGGUCCGGGCCAAAGGAACGUCUACAAGAACGAAGGCGGCGAGCCUGGCAAGGUGUGCUUCCGCAGCUUGGACGACUCCAGACGGAGGACAUCUCCGAACGGCCGUUACGUCGAGUUCGGGCCAGCUUCCUAUCAAACCGAAGGCGAGAUUCCGAGCGAGGAGGUCCUGGAUCAGGAAAGAAGGAGUUCCUCGAAGGAUCGCGACGCCUCGACGAAGAGGAGAGUUUCCCUCAGGAGCAAGAGCCACGACUCCUUCGACAGGAAGUCGGACAGACACUCCAGACCCCUGAGUCCGCCUAGGAGAGACGAGUUGCGGGAGAACUGCAAGGACCGCGAGGACUUCGACGCGAACUCCUGGCACGAGAGCAACAGGGUGUUCGCUGCCGCGUACCUCCGCGAGAACAGCAGGUACCGGUCGAAUCCCGAAGGACAUUCGGAGAUCGAGCGAGAUCCGUCCCCGGAAAUGGGGUCCCUUCUCGAGAUCAGGGAGAGGAGACCGAACGAGCACGAGGAGAAGCAGCGCAAAGAGCACGCGAACGUUUACGGUGUGGGAGACGCGGAUCAGCCAAAGGAUCUAGACGGCAGAUACCCGUCUCACCGCGAGAGGAACGGUGCCACGAUCAUCAGGAUCCGCUCUAGUCCUGAGAGCACCGUCGAGAGGAGACGUCGCCGGCGACCGGCGCAGGAGCUGCACGUGGGCAGGCGGAGGCGUUACGAGGACGAAGAGGACAGCGGGGACGAGGCCGAGGAGGAGGACGACGAGGACCGUCGUCGACAGAGGCCCAGGGAGCCCGGUUUCCCGUCGGGACGAGGCGUUAUGACACCGUCCCGAAGAAUCUGGAACUAUCGCGAAGGGGGUGUCCUGAUCACGGACGUCGAGGAGGGCCAGCCGUGUUUGCAGUGCGGGGAGACGUGUUCAGGAUUCUCGCCGCACACGUGGAGGUAAGCUUUAUUAUCGCGGG